AGCGCUUCGUUGAACGGGUCGCCCUCCACUGCGAACGCAGCAUGGAUGUCGAAGACUUUGAUGAUGACGAGGACUUCGAAACCAUCCCUUGGUCCUUCCAGUAUGUCUUUGUGUGCCUCCUCUUGCCCAUGCUGAAUGGCUUUGUCAACACCUUUGCGCAUGCGGCCUUAAGCUUGUACGUCAGCUCCAUGGGAUGGAACUUUGCCCUGGCAGGUGCCAGCAUCUCCAUUGGUUCCUUUGGACGGCUCUUCGUACAGCAGGGGAUGUUCCGGCUGGGCAUUUGGGCAGCCAUCCCCUUCACCUUACUUCACUUCAUCAUGGCCCUUUUGGCGCUCCUGUACGUGGACCAAGAGUGGGCGGUGUACUUGGAGAUCGUCGGCAUGGUGGGCUUCGACAUCGCCAUCGCCAUCGAGGGCUUAACCUUUGACGUUUGGUCCGAUUCCGAAGUCAUGGUGAAGGAUGCUCAGAGCACGGUGUUGUCGGUCUUCACUUUGUCCUAUGCCGUGGGCGUGACCUGUGGAGGGAUCCUCUACGACUUCUUCAGCUGGAGGGGAAUGGCCGCCUACCACGUGAGCUGCGUAGGAGUGGAGCUGCUCAUCUUGUUGUUUCAGCCCGGGCUCCAUGCGUCCUUCCGGCGCUUCAUUUGGGGCGAGGAGGAUCUCGAAGAGGAGGCGUUACAGCUCGCAGCUGUGGUGCCUUCACCCCGCGCGGCGGGAGCGGAGGAGGACCUGACCGUGGUGGAUCUCACCGAGAGCCAAAACGUGAAGAUUGGCGCCGCCGAGAGCAUCAACAUCACCCCGCACCGGCAGCAAGAUCAGGGCGCCGCCGAGAGCAUCAACAGCACCCCGCACCGGCAGCAGGAUCAGACGAUGACCGAACGGGGUUUGCAGAGUGAGUCGACACAGGGCUGGCAGCGUGGCGUGUCAGCCUCUUCGGCGCAGGUCCAAGAGCAACUCGCCGCGGCCGCCAAAGAGGUCGUGGACGCCGCGAGUGGGAAAAGGCCCGGCGCCGUGGGAUUUGACGCCACCGCCGAUGCCGAGGGACGCACCUCGAAGUCCCCCCAGUCACCGAAGAAGUGGUCAAGCUCCUCCCGACGUUCCAGCCAAGUGUCGGGCGUCAGCGGUGUGAGUCGUCCCGCGAGCGACUUGGGACAUGGUGCCUUGCGCUGUCGGAUGAGCAUCUACACCAAGAGCACGUUACAGAGUGGCCGGUCCGAUCGCUCGAAGCAGACGGCACGCAGCCACGCGACCCACCGGUCGGUUCGGUCAGACGCGACGGCGCUGUCGCGCAUGACGCGCCUGUCGGACGCCGGCGAGCUCUUCCAGUUUCACCACGCAGUACAAAAUAGCCUGCAUCCGCGUGUGGCGGCGGCGGGGGUGAUCAUGGGCUUUGGGAAUGAAGACUAUGAGAUCCAGAGCAAUGGUUCCGAGGAGACGAUCCACAAGCCCAACCGCGCGUCGAUCCAAACGGAGGUCACCACGAAGCAGCCGGUGAAGGAGAAGAACGUCCCCAAGGACUUGUAUCUGCCGAUGGCGUUGAUCGUCUUCACGAACUUCGUGGUGAAUUCGUCCUAUUCCGUGGAAUGGUGCAUCUUCGCCGUGUUCUUCAAGGAGCAGCACGGCUGGGAAUCAGCUACCUGGGCGGGGAUUUGUCAGACCUCGGGCGACCUGCUCGCUGCGGUCAUCAUGAACUUCGUCACCACCGGGCGAAAGGACUUGGACGAAUAUUCUGGGUGCUGCUGGUACGUGCAAGCCAUCAUCGCGCAACCCUACAAUGUCGCUUGCCUUUUAGCAUGUUGGAUCGUCCUCAAUGCAGCGCUGGCCGCGCCCAGCUUGCCGGUGGCCAUUGCCAGUCAGGUCAUCAUGGGCACUGUCUACGUCUUCUCGAUGAAGGCCACCACCGAGUUAAAUCUCUUUUACUCCCUGGGAAACUUUCAAGUUUUUCUGGCCAUGCAAGUCUUCUGCCGGAACGCUGAUGCGAUCGGUGCCCUGUUAGCCGGCUUCGGCGGCUACGCGCUCUAUGAGGUCUAUCCGAACGCGCCCUUCUUCCUGACGUCAGCCCUCGCCUUGUUUGGGACUCUUAUCUUUAUUGCAGGCUUUUGCUCCCGCGUGGGCUUCGGCUUGGACAUCGAAACGGCCGAAGCGCGCCGCGCCCGGCGGGUGGGCUCCAAUCGGGUCUCCAUCUGGAAGAGCGAGCUCAGAAAGACCCACAAGUCCUUGGACGGUAAGACAACCAGAGAAACUCCCGGAGAGGCCACCCAAAGGAUGGGGGAGGUGGACGCGACGGCCUUGACGGCCGCUCGGUGAGGUCGAACACGGACCGGUUGUGGGGACUGGCAUCGGUGGGUGGUCCGGGGCGGACUUGGCAUGCGGAUGUGACGCGGUACAAAGCAUUGAGCCUCAGAGCCUCAGAGCCUCAGGGCAGUGGCACUAGUACAUGCCCUGGAGCGACACCUACCAUCAACUACCCCGUAUGUCUCUGUAACCAACAUGAUGUGGAGAGAGGAUCAAAGGGAUCUCCAUGGAGUGCUUCUUGGUCCGUCUACCGGCGGCUUGCUGGCGAAAAAAACGCCUUGCGACGCAGGACGUGCAUGUGGCACAGCAAAAACGGCGCAAGAAGCUGAGCCUGCGGUAGGAGGAGG